UUUUUUUAUUUAAUGUUAAGUUGCACCUAGGCUUGGUUUUCUGUUUAAGUAAAUUAAAACUUUGUAAAGCUCAUAUCUAUGAUUUUAUAAAAAUGUUUGCUAUGUAAUAACGUGAUAUAAAUAUGCAUUUGUGUACUUUCCGACCUUGAACUUGUGCUCUUUGAUCGUGAACCUUAGACUUUCUAUGUAUGUCUUGUGAUUGGUUUGGAUUUCUUAUAGCAUAUUUUAUUUAUUUUAUUGUCAAUCUGAAACCUGUUUGGACUAAUAUUGUAGAUUCUUACUAGUGAAAUUGAAGGAGUAUGUGGUGCAAUGUUUUCAUUCAUUAAAAAAAAAUCUUUUGAAACAUUUUGUUUAUUUACCCCUCAGAAAAUUUGACAUUUCUCGAUCCAUGGCACUGUUCAGCAUACAAGAUGGGAGAAGUUUAACACAAUCACAGUUGCAAUGGUGGUUAUUUCACACACUAAAGAGUUGUUACAUUAGCUCAAAUUAAAUUGCCCUGUUGCCGCAGUAUAUGCUCAAGCAAAUCUAUUAAUUCACAUGCUGGAGGAAAUGUACUUGUGUUGCACGUGGCACCGGCGCGGCGGUGUCUCUGCACACUGCAGGCCGCUGCCGCUCGAGUUCCUUGUGAUGCUGAUGAGCACGGAUGACCUUGAAGACGUCAAUAUUCGGACAGUAGUCUGACCAACUGUUAUUUGUUAUUAUUUUUGUUGUUUCUUUUUUUAUUUGUGGUGAUUCUUGGUUCAGCUCCACUUAUCAUGUGUGGCAUAGUCCCUGACUUUUCUUCUGAUUUAUCAAUCUGGUAACUGAGGUAUAAUCCUCAUUAACAGUCCUUGCUUUCUUAGUGGCAAACAACUUAGAAUUAGUGAAAAAGGAUAUAAUUUUUUAUAGUAGAAAUCAUAUAAAUGAAAUGUCUCAUCAACUUGAUUGUCUAGGCCAGCAAACAGAUGACAACUUUUUACUGGAUUCCAGACUUUUGGUUGAGAAUGCUCCAAAUACAGUUGUGUCAAAUAGCAGUACUUUUCCAGGGAGCUCUAAUAUUUUGAUCUUGGAGCAACCAGCUUCUUUGGUACGUUUUCGCUAUGAGAGUGAAGGUCUUUAUCCAACACAAGGAGCUACCAGCACAGCAAUGAAGAAGACAUUUCCAACAAUACAGAUUGCUAACUUCGAUAGACUGGCUACAGUGAUAGUAUCAUGUGUAACAAAAGAUCAACCUUAUCGACCACACCCACACUGCUUAGCAGGAGAUGACUGUAAGUGGGGAGUCUACCAGAAACAAGUUCACAGCAGUGUCAUAUCCUUCCAAAAGUUAAGUGUGCAAUUUACUAAGAGGAAGCACAUUGAGGAGGUAAUGCUAGUACGACAACAAAAAAAUAUUGACCCAUUUCAAAUAAAAUUUAAUUUUUCUCAUGUAGCUGGUUUUGACCAUUGUAAGCAGCUAGAUCUUGAGAGCAUUGAUUUGGAUGCAAUUCGUCUUUGUUUGCAAGUGUUUACACUCACCAAGAAAAAAUUUGAAUCCAAAACAGAAAAAAAUCUGGCUGAUAAACACUGGAAACAAUUGGGUGUAGCUGUAUCUGAACCAAUUUACAAUAAGAAGGCAUGUACUAAUUUGAAAAUUUUGAAGUUGAGUCACAGCAGUGCUUUUGUCGAUGGUGGGAAAGAAAUCUUAAUGUUUUGUGAAAAAGUUGUAAAAGAUGAUGUUGAGAUCAGAUUUUUUGAACAGAGGGACCAAACCGGACCAGUGGAGUGGGAAGCUCUUGGUCAGUUUCACCCCUCCAAUGUACAUAAGGGAUUUGGUAUAGCUUUUCGCACACCACCUUAUAAAACUUUAGAGGUUGAAGCACCUGUUGAUGUUUUUAUCCAGUUGAGACGACCAUCUGAUAAUUCUGUUGGUGAUGCUGUGCCAUUUCAGCUUCGGCCCCCAGAGUGUUUGUCUUUCAGACAAAAAAGACGAAAGUGUGCUGCUGACUCUAAUUUAAAUCGGAGAUUGCAGGGCAUAACUCAAAGUACCCCUACUUCAAAAAUGAUGUGCUCCGGUUCAGACACAUUCUAUGGGGGUAACAAUGUUGUGUAUGAUGCUCCUGUAUCUCAACAGCAACAACCACCACCAUCACAAUUGUCAUAUUCAGAUUCCUACGGACCUGUUUUCCAACACUCAAAUUUAUUGAAUCUUAAUUCCUACACGGAAGAACAAGCCAAUAGCUUGUCCUUAGAUCCACUGGCACAAAUUAGCAACAGACAGGGCCUAAACACUGUGUCAGAUAUGAUUGAACCUUCCAUGGCUGUGACAUCCCUCUUACAUUAUCCUGACCCUAGUUCGUGCAGCUUGACAUCUACAUCCCCACAUCUGCUCCGAUCUCAAGAGGAAUAUUUUUCUGGCAUGAGCAGAGAUUGGAUUGAGAAGAAAGAAGCUGCAUACCCACCAAGUGAAAAACUUCUGCCCAUAUCAUCUGCAUAUCAUGAAUCAGGCAAAUCACAUGCACCUGGUUUUAAUGUUGAAGAGUUGAAUGCUGAGCAAACCGCACAAGCAUGUGACAAAGUUGUCAAUAAUGCGACUUACAAUAAUAAUUUUCGAGUUCUUCAAAGUCAGAAAGAUGAAUAUAGUGUGAUAGAUAAUUUGUCUGGGUUACUGGAGGAUCUCAAAUAUUGAUCAGGUUAAUGUGCUGUUCAACUUUUUACUUAUCUCUCCAAAAACAGUUUGUCUUUUUUUUUUUUCCUGAACUGAUGUAUAGUGUACACCUAUAUUAAAAAUAUGAAUAUCUAUCUAUAUAUUCCACAGCUAA